GCAUUUCAUCGCUUUGCAUCGCAUCUCGAUCAUAUCGCGCAUGGCCUACUUCUAGGUUUCUUGGAGCAAAGUGGUCCCAACGUCAACACUGACGGCACGAGGAGCUUGUCGCCCGUGGCUCUAGCUUUCAAAGAGCGCUCGCUCACCGGUUAGAGUUACAAUGGGUAUUCAAGGUAAGGAGGAACUUUCGUUCCUCUUCAUCCAUCCCUGGGCAUGCUGCGGUCGGACACUUUUAUUGACGCCGUCUCAGGGCUCCUCCCUCUGCUCAAAUCGAUUCAGAGACCCACCGAGAUCAAGAAGUUCUCUGGAGAGGUCCUGGGCGUCGACGCGUAUGGGUGGCUGCAUAGAGGUGCUGUUGGUUGUGCCAUCGACCUCGCCCAGGACAAGCCUACGCGAAAAUAUGUCGACUUUGCAAUGCACCGCGUCCGCAUGGUCAAGCACUUCGGUGUGACACCAUACUUGGUCUUUGACGGCGAUUUCCUUCCCAGCAAGGCCCGCACCGAAUCAUCCCGAUCCAAACGCCGUGAGGACAGCAGGAAGGCCGGUCUCGCGCUUCUCAACGCGGGCAAACCCGCUCAGGCUCAUCUUGAGCUCCAGAAGGCCAUCGACGUCACCCCGGAGAUGGCAAGGCACCUGAUCGAGGAGCUCAAGAAGGAGGGAGUCCCGUACGUUGUCGCCCCUUACGAGGCCGACGCCCAGCUUGUCUACCUCGAGCGCCAAGGCCUCAUCAACGGCAUCAUCUCCGAGGACUCAGACCUACUGGUCUUUGGUGCCAAGCGCCUGCUCACCAAGAUGGACCAGCAUGGCCAAUGCGUCGAGAUCAACCGAAGGGACUUUUGUGCUGUGCGCGAGAUCUCUCUGACCGGCUGGACAGACGACCAGUUCCGGCAGAUGGCAAUCUUUAGUGGCUGCGACUACCUGGAGAGCGUGGGCAAUAUGGGUCUGAAGACAGCUUACCGGAUGAUGCGCAAGUACAAGACGCCAGAGCGCGUGAUCCGGAUGCUCCAGUUCGACGGCAAGUUUCGCGUCUCGGAGAACUAUCUGGCCCAGUACAAGCAGGCCGAGUUGACCUUCCUCUACCAACGCGUAUUCUGCCCUAGAAAACAGCAGCUUGUUCUCCUGACCGAGCCCCAUGCCACCUCGCCUCUGGAUAUCGAGGAGAUGCCCUACAUUGGAGCUCGUGUAGAUGCCGAGACUGCCAAGGCUGUCGCCAACGGCGACGUCAACCCUAUAACAAAGCAGACUAUUGUAGUGGCUGCCUUGCCACCCAAGAGGCGGACAGAAACUCCCACAACGGGGCGAACAGUGGCAGUCGCGGCGCCGGGACAAGGCAGAGCGCCACCCGAGAAAUCGAUCGACUCGUAUUUCAGCGGCCACAGGCGAAUCCCCAUGGGAGAGAUGGAUCGGAACUGUUUUUCCGUUGAUCCUCAAAGGGUGGCUGCCCUUACGCAGAACGGACUGACCCCUCGAGUCUUUCCCCUACCACGGCCGUACGUUGAUGAUGGCGAUAUUUCUCCCGCGCCGCGGCCAUACACGGACUCAACCAUACAUCGGCGCCGGACGGAACCGAUUUCUCGAACACAGUCAGAUUCGGACCCAGCUGUUCGAUCUUCUGCAAGUCGAAGACGAACGACCGGCCUCACGAGGCGCAUUUCGGAUAUCGAAGCCAGACCACCCAAGAAACCUCGAUUAUGCGCCGAUGAUUCGGCAAACGAGACGACCGAGACACCGGCUGAGAGGAGCAAGUUCUUCCCCCGAGAUGGAGAGGCAUUGCGGCGCUGUGACGAGAACUUGAUGUCGGAUGACUCUAUCGAAGAGGCCUUGGCCGACCUGCCCGACAUAGGCGACCAGUGGAAGGGAUCGAGGGCAUCCGAAACACGGCAGACACUGCAGAUCUUCCAAGACGAGACCUCAACCGAGCAGACGACCACGACGGCGGCUUCAGAGCCGGAAACCAAGGAUGACGAGACUUUCGAAGGGAGCCCAGCAGCCCAGGGCCAGGAGUACGGUGUCGUGGGAGAGUCUGAAAGCCAGGCCGGUGAUGUCGAGAUCAACCUGGGCCGCAAGUCGUUGCGCAAUUCGCUCCAGGAAUUUUCUUACACGCCAAGCAUGUCCAGGCGUGCGGGUGGAGUGCGCAUCGUGCAUGGGCUGCCGACUCCAGAUUCCAGUGGCCAGCAAGCGCAGACGACAUCGCUUCCAACACCCACCCAGACUCCCUUCCAGACUCCGCUGCAACGAAUCGGAGCAGCGGCUCUACAGCGAAGCAAGGCUGGCUGUUCGCCGUCGGCCCGCUCUGGGCCCUCUUCACUGAAGGCCACCAAGAAACGAGCGAGUCUGGCAGAUUCACUUGAGAAUUUCCCAAUCAACCCGUCCUUCGUCCCUCUGCCCAAGGUCGACCUGAAAGAGGUUGAAGCUCUGAAUACGGCUGGUGUCGGCAGCGAGGACCAGAUGUUCCCCGGUAGUGAUGAGGAGAAUGAACCUCCUGCAACAACAGCAGGUAUAAAACAGGGCAGCGCUAGACGGCUGGAUCUGUCAAAGUUUGUGUGCGGCUGA